AUGUCGAGGACAGCUCUCCCGAGACACGUAUUUGGAUAUCUCGCGCUCACGGCCGCCCAAGUCAUUGCACUGGACUUACCAUACAACCCGACACACAUUGUCAUACCUGAACAAAACGACGAAGACGACCAAACGAUAUCUUACGCAUAUAUUCUACAACCCAAAACCAAUGGCCAGGCCAGCUUACUCUCGCUCGAUCUCACGAAAUCAUUAGAGACUUCAAAACUUUCCUUAACAACACUUUACGACUCACUACCGUUCUUGGGCACGACAUCAAACCGAGCAUACACACCACUCAAAGGCAGCGAACAGAAUAUCACUGUUGUCGCCGGCGACUGCGCCACUGACGGUGACGCUCCGGAAGUAUGGACAUUCAUUCCAGCAGCUGGUGGCAAGAAUGGCAAUGGAACUUGGUCACAAAGCACACCUGCAGCAGCAACGAAAAGCAAGGUCCACGGGCCUGAUUUCCUGAGCUCUGGAAUUGCUUUCUCCGACUUGGCCAAGGGCAAUGCAUCGACGACAAGCUUGUAUGUGUUUGGAGGAAUGUGCCCGUUGCCCAACUCUACCGAUGAAACCUGGAUGUCUGCGGCCAACUAUACCAACCAGAUGAUGACAUUUUCCCCGAAACUGGAUAGCUCGAAGCAGGUGGCCUACACCUCCGCGUUCCUAUCAAGCAAAGGUCCACCCGUCGCUGAGGCAGGCUUCAGUAUGACACCCUUGGCCCCAGCCUUCUCGGACAACUCCAGCAGCACACAAAGUGCAAGACAGAGCUUCGUACUUGUCGGAGGACACACCGGAGCCGCCUUCAUAAACAUGUCAUCAGUAGCUGUGUUCUCUCUUCCUGAAGAGACUUGGACGUAUCAGCCUGUGGAUCAACCUUCAUCAGCCAGUUCAGAAUCGCCAGUAGAGCCAAGGUCAGGCCAUACUGCAAUUCUGACCGAAGAUGGCAAGAGCUUGGUUGUCUUUGGUGGAUGGGUUGGAGACGUGACAAACGCUGCCUCUCCUCAGUUGGCCGUCUUGGAACUCGGCUCUGGCUAUGGUGGCGAUGGUGAUUGGGAGUGGACAGUACCUCUACAAACAGCUUCUGGUCUACCUGGAGCAGGUAUUUACGGACAUGGUGCAGCUAUGCUUCCUGGUGGCGUCAUGAUGAUCAUGGGUGGUAACAACAUCCCCACCAGCUCGUCAAAGCGUCUCAUACGACGCUCUUCAGCUACAACAAACUCAGAGACACUCUUCUACAACGUCACAUCGAGAUCUUGGAUAACCUCCUACAGUCCUCCACCCGCUGUAACAUCAGGUAGCAGCGCAUCAGCGCAAGAUCAAAGGAAAGGUGCUCUUACCACAACAUCCCAGAAAGCUGGCCUCGGCGUCGGCUUGACUAUCGGUGCGAUUGUCGUUGGCCUUCUCAUCAUUUUUUACUUCUGGUACAAACGUCAUCUCAAGCAGAGACGAGAAGCUCGUGAAAGCGACAGAGAACGUCUUUACAAGAACGGAGGCAAUGGUUACGAGCAAGCUUGGUUUGGCAACGCUACCUACGAGCCCUACCACAGCGACUACGCCUCUGGUGGAAACUGGCAGGAAAAGGAUGAGGAGAUGCACGAUGGAUUCACCACCUGGACUCCUCACGGUGUUGAGAACAGCCCUGCGCAGAUGAAAGAAGGAAACAAGGAGGUCGAGAGAUCUGGGUUGUCGAUCAACGCCCCAAGCCCGACAAGAGGACUCAGAAAGAAUGGUCUGACGCGCAGCCAAUACCAGUAUCAUGCCGCUCCUCGAUAUGAUGACGGCAGGUUGAGUAGAACUAGCGGCCACAUCCAUCCGAUCCAAGAGAGGGAUGAAGAGGAGGAAAGACUAUCAUCCCGUCACAGCAACCGCUCCUUCAGGGGGCUUGGAAACAUGAUUGGCUUGAAGGGCAGUGAGCAGGAUCCUUUCAAAGAUCCUCUACCCAACCCUCUUCGCAGUCACCCUGUUACCCCUGAACUUGGCAGUCUGCAUCCGCCGAGUUUGCGUCCUGGACUUGAGAGAGCACCCGACUCUUCCUCAACUCAGUGCACGACCUUCGGCCAGCUGAUUGCCGAAAGUGAAAUCCUUCUUGGGAACCCAAGCAGCAACCAACCUACAACAGCACCGCUCAGCUACAAGGGUCACGCUCGUACCGGAUCAUCCAUGUCAACAUCUGCCCCUCGUCGUGCAGCUAGUGACAGUUCCCAGUUCUUGGGAGCUAGACGUGGCAAACGCGACUGGGAGGGUGACGAGAACGAUCCGCGCUGGCAACCCUACCGAGAUGACCCCGAUACUGGUGACUGGGGCGACGUACCAGAAGCAGAAGCAGCAAAGGACGCUGCUAAGAAACCGAACUCUGAUGACGAGCGUGAAGACUGGGACAUCGAAGAGGCUGCCGCCAACCGUGACGUUCAAGUCAUGUUCACGGUCCCAAAGGCCCGUCUACGUGUGGUCAACGCCGAUGUCGACAAAGCCAGUCUGAGAAGCAUCAGCGAUGGCGCGAAGAGCAUCCGCGCUAGACAGAUACUCAAAGAACAAGAGGCAGAAGAGGCCAAAGAAGAAGCAACCGAGGCAGGCGCUCAGCGCAAGCCGUCCAACUACGGCAUCCAGAUACAAGACUGGGAGAGAGAAGCUCUAGAGAAAAGAGAUGCGGAGGAGGCACAGACGAGCAAGAAGCUCGAGUGAUGAUGCUUCGACGAUUGAUAUGAAUAUGGGCGGAUCUUUGUGGAUAUACUGAGGAGGUUACCUGUUGAUUAUAACUUGGGCAAGGGUGUUUUUGGGAGUAUUCUCUCUGCCGAUUGGGAAGCCAUCGAGCAUGACUGUUUUGUUUUUGGAUGCACUUGCAUCUCUUCUAUUCUUCUUGUCAAUCAUUCAUUAGACUUUUUGAUUUUGGCUGAAAACAGCUAUUUUAUUUCUCUGGACUUCUUCAAUCAAAUCUUGAUUAUCAU